AUGAGCAGGUUCCUCACAGGAUUCAACGGAGACCUGGAGGAGAAGUGUCGAUCUUCGAUGCUCCAUGAUAAUAUGGAUCUUUCCAAGUUGAUGAUGCAUCUCCAGCAAGUAGAGGAUAGCCGCAGAAAGAGAUGUGUUCGUGAUGUUAGGAGACCUAGGCCUCAAGAUCGCAGUUCCCAGGGUGCUACACCUAAAGAAGGCAGACCUGAGCCCAAGAAGGGCAAUGGAGGUGAGAUGCAGCUUCCUAAGAAAAAUUGUGCUAAUUGUGGCCGAGCUCACAGUGGAGAGUGCAGAGAAGGCAUAAAUGUCUGCUUCGGUUGUGGUAAGAGUGGACACAUGGUCAGAGACUAUCCACAGAACAGAGGUCAGGCCGGAGGUAAUUCUCAGCCUAGGCCUAACCCACAGGAUGCAGCAGCAGUUGAGCCUCCUAAGAGGAACGGAUUCGAUGCCCUGAAGGGGUCUACGCUUUCCUUUGUGACUCUCCUUUUUGCCCUUACUUUUGAAAUACUACCUAAACUUCUACAUGAUCCUAUAGUGGUGGACCCCGGGAAGACUGAAGCUGUUAAGAACUGGACAAAGCCCCUUACUCCCACUGACAUCCGUAGCUUUCUGGGAUUGGAUGGUUACUACCGCAGUUGUGGUGUUGGCACUGAAGUUGUGGAGGCAUUAUCUGUAUGGAGUGCACGUUGA